AUGGCCGAGAAUUUUGAAGCCGAGCUCAAGGAUCCAGAGUAUGCUACUGAAGACCAUCAGGUGAGGGAUCCUAAUGCGCGUCCUGAGGCUUUCAAAUCCACCUUCCAAGAGGUUCUUUGCGUGAUUGUUGUUUGCUUUGCGGUCGCAACUAGUUCAAUUCCCGAGGGCAGUUUCCAAACAAGCCUUACGGAUCUAGCCAACAGCUUUGAAGUCAAUGGGGGCCAGCUGGUGUGGAGUGUUUCAUCAAUUGUGCUCUCCAGUGGAAGCUUUCUACUGAUCGGUGGUAAGCUGACCGACUGUUUCGGCCGACGUCGCGUGAUGCUCUUUUGCUUUUCAGGCUUCACGCUAGCAUCGCUGGUUGCAGGGUUUAUGAAGAACUUCAUUGGUCUCGUCAUUCUCAGGGCCGUUGAGGGUCUGUUUUUUGCGCCUCUGAUCCCUGCGGGUGCCGGUCUCAUAGGAUCGUUGUAUAAAGAGUCGCGACGGCGGAACGUUGCGUUUGCCGUGUUCUCCAGUGGUGGUGCCAUUGGAUACAUAGCUGGUCUUCUGAUCGGAGGCGUCUCUGUGACCGCGUUCAGCUGGAGGGCGGUUCAAUUUUUCACUGCUAUAUUUUUUGGGGCAGUGACUAUAGUGGCAUAUUUUGUGAUCCCCAAAGACAAGCCAUUGGACAAAAUAACGGUCAAGCAAACAUUGCUGAAGCUGGACUAUCUUGGGUCUUUCUUGAUUCUUUCCGCAUUUGCACUGAUCUCGUUCUCGCUUACACAGGUCGACGCAGCAAAACGUAGAUGGCACACCCCUUACAUCUACUCUCUCUUAAUCGUUGGAAUUUUUUUGCUAGGAGUUUUCAUCUUGGUGGAGCUGUACGUGGCGCGCGAUCCGAUCAUGCCGAUGCAGCUUUGGAAAAACAACAAUUUCGUGCUCUCCAUGGUGGUGGCAUCGCUCACAUGGGUCACAUUUAUAGGGUGUCUGGGUUACUAUCCAAUGCUCUAUUUCCAGGAUAUAAAAAAUUGGGGAGCGCUGCACACGGCACUUGCGGCCAUGCCGAUGGGGGUGAGCGGCAUCUUUACAAAUCUGUUUGUUGCGGUGUCGUUCCACGUGAUCUCUGGAAAAAUGAUGCUUAUAGGCGGGAAUCUUUGCAUCUUGGGUGCUAGCAUUAUCUGGGCUACCAUAGACUACCACAGAAAUUACUGGCUGGGUCCGUUUUGGGGCUACAUUCUGUCAGCCGUUGCGUGCGACAUUACCUACAACGUCUGUACGAUGGUGACCAUGUCUGCCGUCGAGGUGAAAGAUCAAGGAGCGGCAGCAGGAGUGUUUAACACAAUUCUUCAGUUAGUCACAGUGGUCGGGCUGAGUUUGGGCUCUGUUUUAAUUUCGGCCCGAGAUCCAUAUUACGGAAAGUCGGAACAAAAUUUAUAUCCAGAGCCCUUGUUUUACGGCAUACGAAACGUCUUCUACCUCGCGAUUGGGUUCAGUGCGGCAGCGCUGAUCAUCUCGUUUUUCGUGAACGUGGGCACUUCAGGCAGUAGGAAGGCUUUGAAUGAAGCGGAGCCCUGCCAAGAGCGCUAG